CUUAAUUCAACACUAUUGGCUUGGGGCAUCGCUUGCACGGUGUUGACUCUUGACUGACGCACUUUGCCUUUUGUCCUAAAAGGAAACUUGAUUACUAGAUUUAUUCAAACUUAAAAUAAACGUUGGCUUGGAGAUAUCCCAUCCGCAAGUCAAGUGCCUCGCCCUUUACAUGUCCAAUCAAAAGAUGUUCGGUUUCAAAGUCCUCUUGCUCAUUUUGCCCUGCCUUUGGAUAUCUGACGCCGCAACAGACACGUUGACCCAAGGUGAUAAGCUCAACUCAUCUGAUUCUUUGGUUUCCCAAAAUGGAGCCGUGACCUUAGGCUUCCGUUUAUUACAGUAUGGUGAGACUUGGGAUGACAAAAGAGCCGGGUAUUAUUUGGCUAUGUGGUUCAGUGAACUAGAGUCAAGCCCUCCCAUCUGGUUGGCCAACCGAGAUGACCCCAUCGCAGAUAACUCUGGGGUUCUCAUCAUAGACAACACCGGAUUCAAAAUUACACACGAUGGUGGGGAUCCUAUCCAACUUUUCUCACUUCAUUCUACCCCUACCACCACCAACAGCUCCAACAUAAAGCUGGUCUUACAAGAUUCUGGGAAUCUUGUUCUGCAAGAUGCAGACUCUAAGGGGGAAAACAGAAUACUGUGGCAAAGCUUUGAUUAUCCAACUGAUACUUUUCUGCCUGGGAUGAAAUUGGGGGUCAGCCAUGGAAGAAGCUGGUCACUUACAUCUUGGUUCACUGGAUCAAUCCCAGCUCCCGGAUCGUUUACCCUGGAGUGGGAUCCUGAAGGGGAACGGUUAAUUGUUCGGCUCAAAGAGAGGGUUUUAUGGACCAGUGGUAACAGUUUUGAAAAUAUUCCCCCCUCGGAACCACAGAACAUGAACUAUAAUUUCAGUCAUGUUUCUAAUGUUGAUGAACAAUAUCUUUAUUACACGCUUCUAAUGGAUGACUCAACUCGUGAAGAGAAGAGGAAAAACGCAAGGUUGAUAUUGCUUUACGAUGGGAGUUUGCAACUUGGAAGUGGGGAAUUCAUAUUUAGCUCAAAAUCCUGUGCUGGUGCGAGCACACAGAAUGGUUGCGAGAGAUGGAAAGGGCCGAAGUGCAGAAGCAAUGGUGAUCAGUACGAAAUAAGAUCCAUCACACCUACAGAUAUGAAUUCGGUAAAUUAUUCACUGUUGGGGAACACAGGGCUUUCCAUAUACGAUUGUAAGGACAUUUGUUGGAAAGAUUGUCAAUGUUUUGGAGUCAAAGAAGACAGGGUGCUUGGUUGCCAAUUUCUUUCGGGGCCUUACGUUCAAGGUGCGUUGGAUGGAACUUCAUAUCAAGUUAUAAUUCGUCACCGUUCAAGGUUGAAAAAUUGGAUAUGGAUUUUAAUCUCUAUAGCGAUGACUCUACUGAUUACAGUACUGCUUGGCGUCCUGUUUUGUUUGAGAAGAAGACGACGAAUUAGGAUGGAAGACAUUGAUAGGCCAUUCACUGAGUACUUUUCAAUCUCCUCCUCCUCCACAUUUGUCUCUAUCAUUCUUCUUCCUGUGGAAAAUGCAGGGUUCUUCGGCAGCGAAAUGCAACUGCCGCUGCCGAAGAACCCUGCAUUUUCCGCUGGUAGAAGAAUGAUAGAGACAAAUGUGGAGGAGAAGGAGAUUGAAAAUUACUCACUGAACGGCCUAUCCAUGUCUGUGAUGGAUCCAAGAUGAAGCCAUAGAUGAUUAGAAAACAAAGCUUUUUACUCAAGUGUAUGUUUUAUAAGUUUGUUUAAGAAUUCUUAGUCAUGUAUUCAAAGAAAAAAGUAAAGAAUUCCCAAUUAUAACCAAUC